CUUGGAAAAGAUAAAAAUCUUGCGCUUGCCUGCCUACUGUUACCUGCUACCCCAAAAGUCAUGCCACGUGGAAGAGAUGUCGGCAAACACUGUUGCCUCCCACUGCAACUAAAAGAGGACAAUGCCCGUUUUGGCUUGUUGGCAGCUUUCAUCUUGCUCUACCUGCUGUGUGGGGCGGUCGUGUUCUCCGCUCUGGAGCAUCCCUCUGAGCUGCAGGCCCAUAAGCAGUGGGAGGAACAGCUGGCCAACUUCACAGAGCAAAACAGCAUCAACCUGAACUCGCUAAAGGACCUUCUAAGACAAUAUGAGGAAGCAUUCGUGGCUGGUAUCCGCAUAGACAAACUUAGGCCUAGAUGGGAUUUUUCUGGGGCAUUUUAUUUUGUCGGCACUGUGAUUUCUACGAUUGGCUUUGGCAUGACCACUCCCGUCACCAUUGCGGGAAAGAUCUUUCUAAUAUUCUACGGACUCCUCGGUUGUGCAGCAACAAUCCUCUUCUUCAACCUCUUCCUGGAGCGCAUCAUCACGAUGCUGGCCUACAUCAUGCGCUGGUGUCACGAGCGCCAACUGCGCCGCUCUGGCGUGGGAGGAGUGGACUCCAGGAGUGAGGAUGACAGUCUGGAGGGUUGGAAACCAUCGGUCUACUAUGUAAUGCUCAUUCUGGGCAUAGCUGCCCUGUUGAUCGCCUGCAGCGCUUCCGCUCUCUACUCCGCCAUGGAAGACUGGGACUACUUUGAAUCCUUGUACUUCUGCUUCGUGGCCUUCAGCACCAUUGGGUUCGGAGAUCUUGUGAGCAGCCAGAGGGAAAGCUAUAAAGCUCAGGAGGCCUACCGGAUCGGCAACUGCCUCUUCAUCCUCAUGGGUGUGUGUUGUAUCUAUUCCCUAUUUAAUGUUAUUUCCAUCAUCAUCAAGCAGACGCUUAACUGGAUCUUGGCGAAACUGGACCGCAGCAGGUCCCGAUGUACAUGCCGCGGUCGGCCGUACAGGAGGCGGGGUCGGGCCUGCUGUUGCUGCUGCUUCCCGCGUCUUCCCAACCAGCGAAACAAUCACCACCCACCACCCGGCAAUUCUCGGCUGAGGGGGCAAAAACGCAAUGCCGUGCACCCGCCCCGCGACCGAACGGCGGGAAAACGCUUCACUAAUGCAUCAGUGGAAACAGUUUGUGAUAGUGAGACGGAUCCUGGCCUAGGACCAGAUGGAGGUUAUCAGACAGGGCGCAGACUGUCUGGAGAAAUGAUCUCCGUCAAUGACUUUAUGGCCAACAAGGUUUCUCUGGCCAUUCUACAGAAGCAGCUCUCAGAAACCGCUCACGGUAAUCCAAGACAAAGCCACGUUCGCCAGAACGGCUUUUCAGGUGGAGUGGGCGCCUUUGCUAUCAUGAAUAAUCGCCUACAGGAGACGAGUGUUGACAGGUAGCUCGCUUAUACAAAGACGGUGAUAUUGUACAUUAUUUAUAUGUGAAGAUAAUCAUUUUUUUAUGAUUGAUUAUUGCACACAAUUAAAGAUGAAAAUUGUAAAUGAAUGCACUCGGUAUAUCAUUUUGACUAACCUGUAGUGCUCGUAUUAUGAGACUUUAGCCAGGUUUUCAUAGGCAGGGUCACUUAUACAGGACAGAACAAAUCAGAUCAAAUUAAAAUAGCAACUUUUUUUCCAUGUCGUGUUAGGAUGAUGCUAAGCAUUCAUCAAUGGCUUCAUUCUUACAAGGAGACCUCUCUCAAUUUUUUGCAUCAUUAUAAACAGACCACAGGAUUUUAAUAGUGACAUCGCUUCUCGAAGUCACUUUGAUGCUGAAGUGAUUGGCCGGUGUGGUGAGCAAUCACACU